AUGGUAAUGGACGUAAUUCGAGCCGUUCAAGAGACAAUCGCCUACUUCUGCCAAUCCACCAUUUCCUCGGACACCCCUGAGGGGAGCCAUACCACAGGAUCAUCAUUAUCGCAUUCAGCCAAAAACAAUCCCAACUAUCGAUGCUACUCAUCCUUGGCCGCUCUCGGCGGUUCUGGUCGUAGCAGUCUUGUCACGGUAGUCAAUCCCCUCAUGAUACUCAUUUCCGAUGGCCUACUCCCACCCCAAACUCGCGCCAUUUUUGCCAGCAAACCGAAAUCUCGCAUUUGGACUCUUGUCGAGGAUAGUUGUCGACCCUCUUGGUCAAGCCAAGUGUGCGAGCGCCUGUUGGCUACUGAUGCGGGUGAUGAUGAUGCUGCUGAUGGUGAUGAUGAUAAUGCGAAGCUGGGUACAAGCAUUCCCGCAUAUCUGGGCAAAAUUGAGCACCACAUCUUGAAUGAAGCGGUGAAUCAGGUGAAAGCAAUCACUGGAGCCAUCAGCGAAAAACUCCGCUUCCGGGCAUUUGUCUGCGCCUGUCUCAACCAACGGGCUCUUCUGCUGUGGUUAAAUUCUCUUGUGAGCAACGAUCCCCUUCUCAAACGUUACUAUUGCGAAGGAGCAUUUAUUCGCCAAUGCCGAUCCGCACUUCAAGGACUCUACGCGGACCUCACAACACACAUUGAACAACUCCUCAACUAUCCCUUCAACUUCGACUUGGCAGCCGAAGCUAAACAGCCCCUAGGUUACACUCCGUCUGGGUCAUCUAAUCGUGGCGUCAAACGUGACUACACCAAUACCAAUACACCCUCUAAUAGCACUGCCAAUCGGAAAACUGCUCAAGAGCUCAAGGAGGUCCGAAGUGUAAGUCUAGGCUCUCUCUCUCUCUCUGCCCGCAUUUGA